UCAUUUUCCAUUCUGUCAUCGAGUGAUAACAUUCGUUCUAUUUUUUCUCGAGUUUAUGCAGAGGAAAAAAAAGUUAUUAACAUGGUAAUUGUGAAAUGGAAUUGAAAGAACUGCGAAUAAUUCGCUGUGUCAUUGCUGUGCAAGAAUAAAAACUACUCGAAAUCGUCUCCGAUUAAUGUAAAGUCGAUGAAUUUAAUUUAACAGAGAAAAAAAAACUCGGAAAAAAAAUCUUAUCAGAAAUCUUAAGAAGAGGAAGAAAAAAAAAUUAAAGCUGAAAGUGAUAGCAGAUUAUUCCUUUAGAUGAUGCAGAAUCAGUGUGUAAUAAAGUAGAAAAAAGUAUCGUAUAAAGGGAGUAAAGUGAAGAUGAUGUGAAAAAGUCUCUCGAUGGUAAAAGAAAUAAAUUAAUUAUUCAGAAAUCUCACUUUAUUCAUCUUAAGGAAUAUUGUAUUAAAGAGAAUCUUCUCAAGCAUUUCCAGUGCUGAUAUUAAAAAGCAAAAUCAUUUCGCGGUAUCACUUCUCACUCGUUGACAAUGUCUCAUGUUUGUUGCGCAAAAUAAGUGAAUAAAAAAAACACAACAUCAGCAAGAAGAAAUAAUAAAAACGAAUCGAAUUCCGCGAGAAGAAAUAUUUAUGUAACCUAUUUGCUGAGUGUGUAAAAAAAUUAUUUUUUUUGAAGCGCAAGUUGGCAAUAAAAUUUGUUUUUAUUGCAAGUGGAGGAAUUUCAUAUUUUCAUUGUUGUUAUUGGAGUUUGAAAAAUUGGAAACAGAACUUAGAAAAUUGAGCGAUUCGUUUUUUCUUUUUAAUUCCUGCUCGCCAUCGUCAUCCGUGCGAAAUAUUUGAAAUCAUGAGGGAAAUCCGCGGCCAUUUGUGAGAUUUUAUGACCGUCGUUUGACUACAACAAAAAAAAAGAAGAAACUGAGAGAAAGAAUUAAUUAAAUUUCUUUUUUAUUUUGUUUUGAAUUUAAUGAGCUACUUUUGCUCGUAAAUGUGCAAUAUCUUUUUUGUGUAACUCUCCUUCAUUCACCACCAAGAUCGUUUCUUUCUUCAUCUCGUGAAUGAUAAAACGAUACUUUCGUUCAACGUAAAAUGAUAAAAAAGAAAAUUUUAAAUUAAAAACUUCAUCCAAAGCUGUAAAAUAAAUAACGACGAGAACAACAUGGCAGCAUCAGCAUUGACAACAGCAACAGCAGCUGCUUUGACAUCGACACUACCUGAUAACACGCCCAAAUCGAAUCAGCAAAGUCCUCGUAACACAGCAGCAGCUUCUUCCGUAGCUGUGCGAGCUGGUGCUGUAGAAGUCUCAAAAGCACUUCAGGAAGGAGAAAAGUUCAUUAAAUGGGAUGAGGAUCCCGGCCCGGGAACGCCCGUUACUUUGAGGGUAGACAAACAGGGAUUUUAUCUUUAUUGGCUUGACCAGAAUAAUGAAAUGGAUUUACUUGAUAUUGCUACUAUUCGUGACGUUAGAACAGGACAAUAUGCUAAAAAGCCAAAGGAUCUCAAGCUAAGACAAAUCGUAACCAUGGGAUCUCAAGAUACACUCGAAGAGAAAACUGUGACGGUUUGUUAUGGCUCCGACUUUGUAAAUGUUACAUUCAUAAAUUUCUGCUGUACGAGAAAAGAUAUCGCACAGCAAUGGUGCGAUGAAUUAGUGAAGUUGGCCUACAAUCUUACACAACUCAAUGGCUCUGCGACGAUGUUUCUACAAAAAGCUCACGUCAAAUUGAGCUUGCAAGUUGACAAAUCUGGAAAGAUUCCGGUAAAAAACAUCAUGAAAUUAUUUGCGUCACAUAAGGACGAUAGACGUCGUGUAGAGAAGGCACUUGAAGUAUCGGGACUUCCAAUCGGGAAAACUGAUGCAAUUCCACUUCAAAAGCUUCAGUUUGAAGACUUUUUCAAUUUGUAUAAGAAUCUCACAGCAAGGACGGAAGUUGAGAAGCUUUUUGAUGAAAUUGUUGGCACAUCAAAAAGACGAAUCAUGUCAACAGCACAACUAGUCGAUUUUCUGAAUAAAACGCAACGAGAUCCGAGACUGAAUGAAAUUCUUCAUCCUUAUGCGAAUCCAGCUCGCGCAAAAGAUCUCAUUCAACAAUACGAACCAAACAAGUUCAACGCCCAGAAAGGUUUACUCAGUUUCGAUGGAUUUUUAAGAUAUUUGAUGUCAGACGAUAAUCCGAUCAUGGCUAGUAACAAAUUAGAGUUGUGUGAUGACAUGGAUCAACCGUUAUCACAUUAUUUUAUUAAUUCAUCCCACAAUACAUAUUUAAUUGGACACCAAAUUACUGGCAAAAGCUCGGUGGAAAUUUAUCGUCAAACUUUGUUGGCUGGCUGUCGCUGUGUCGAGUUGGACUUUUGGAAUGGACGCACAGAAGAACCAGUUAUCGUUCAUGGUUACACAUUCGUACCCGAAAUUUACGCUAAAGACGUAUUAGAAGCAAUUGCAGAAAGUGCAUUUAAAACAUCCGAAUUCCCUGUGAUAUUGAGCUUUGAAAAUCACUGCAAUCCGAGGCAACAGGCUAAAAUAGCAAAUUAUUGCCGUGAUAUAUUCGGUGAUAUGUUGUUAGAUCAACCGCUAGAUUCGUUUCCACUUGAACCUAAUGUUGAACUACCUCCGCCAUCAACUUUGAAGCGUAAAAUUAUAAUUAAGAACAAGAAGAAGCAUCAUCAUCACCAUCAUCACCAUAAAAAAUCGUCCCAUAGUCAAGCAUCAACACAACCCGAUAAGCAACAGCCGCCCACAAUCGAUGAAAAUUGUGCAACUGGUAGUAACAAUUCUCAUCAACAGACGGGCAAUGGUGAUAUUCCACAACAUGCGCCUCCACUUCAGCAAAUACGUCAGAGUUCAAAAGAAAGCACUGGAUCAUCUGAUACUGACAGCUCAAGCGAAGACGAAUCGAUUCAGGCAACGUCAUCUGGUCCACCGGAGCCAAACGACAAAGUUCAGCAAGCGAAGGAGACUGAAGCAGGUGCUGAAAUUUCGGCGCUUGUCAACUAUGUUCAACCGGUGCACUUCAGUAGUUUCGAGAAUUCUGAGAAAAAAGGAAGAUGCUAUGAAAUGUCAUCAUUUGAUGAGAAGCAAGCGACAGCACUUUUGAAAGAACGUCCAAUAGAAUUUGUCAACUAUAAUAAGCACCAAUUAUCUCGGGUUUAUCCAGCUGGCUAUCGCUUUGACAGCUCGAAUUUCAUGCCACAACUAUUCUGGAAUUGUGGUUGUCAAUUGGUUGCUUUGAAUUAUCAAACACUUGAUCUGGGAAUGCAAUUGAAUGUAGGAAUAUAUGAAUAUAAUCAACGUUGCGGAUAUCUCUUAAAACCUGAAUUUAUGCGUCGCAAAGAUCGUCGAUUAGAUCCAUUUGCGGAAAGCACGGUUGACGGCAUUAUUGCUGGCACUGUUUCCAUAACAGUUCUCUCCGCACAAUUUCUAACUGAUAAGAAAGUCGGCACUUAUGUUGAGGUGGAUAUGUUUGGACUUCCAGCUGACACAGUUCGAAAGAAAUUCCGAACAAGAAUUGUACGUGAGAACAGCUUGAAUCCGGUUUAUGGCGACGAGCCUUUUGUUUUCAAGAAAGUUGUGUUGCCGGAGCUUGCAAGCAUUCGUGUUGCGGCGUAUGAAGAGAAUGGAAAGUUUCUCGGUCAUCGAGUACUGCCUGUCAUUGGUCUUUGUCCUGGUUAUCGUCAUUUGACACUUCGUAACGAGCUCGGUCAACCCGUGCCCUUAUCAACGCUUUUCCUUUGCAUUGUGGUUAAAGAUUACGUUCCUGAUGGUCUCUCAGAUUUUGCUGAAGCUCUUGCCAAUCCAAUUAAAUAUCAAAGCGAUCUGGAGAAAAGAUCUCAACAGUUAGCAGUGUUGCAAGAAGACAUGGAGCCAAGUGAAGACGAUGGCACUGGGAAUUGCUCCAUUGGGACAUUGAAGAAGGAAAUUAAACCGUCAGAUACAGCUUCAAGUAGCCCUAAGCAUCGUCCAAGUGUUGGGACAAAUAAUCAGAUAAAUGCAGAGCCAUCAUUUGAUCAGACUUUCGUCGAUAAUAACGUUGCUAGUGGUGGUAAUCCACUUCCAAUUCAACAACCAACUGUUGAAAUGACAAAAGCUGCGACACUUCCACGAACUCAACCUGAUAUCACAUCAAACGAAGCUGAUGAGAUUGUUGCUGAAACACUUGAGAAGAUUUUUGAGCACAAAUCGAUUAGAGAAAAGCGUGAAGCAUUGGAGAAGAAGAUUCGUGGUUUAAAGAAGAGUCACGAUAAGAAAAAGGUCGAAGUGAUGCAGAAUGAGAUAAGUGAAGGGAAAAAGUCGUCAAUAUUUUCAAGCAAUCGAUUGGUGAAGCGACUGAGUAGCAAAAAUAUGGACGUUAACAUUCCAAUACCGCCGUGCGCAUCGUUGAACAGCGAUGACUCCAAUGAUCGUUUGGCAAAUGUUUGUCGAGACCAUGCUGCGACUUAUCGUGAAACUCUUGAGAAGUAUUAUGAGUCGAUGUUCUCGUUGGCUGAUGAUAUUCUAAGAAAAUCACAAGACCGUCAAAUGCUGCAAUUGAAAAAGUUGAUGGAAAAAGAAACAAGCGAAGUGAUGCGACAACUUCAGCAUUCUAGGAAGUCUGAGGUGAAGCAACUGGCUUUAGUUCAUAAGGACAAAGAUGAACUUGAGAGAAUGAAACGUGAAGUUGAUUCGACUUUGGUUGAGAAAGGAGUUGCUGAAAGAGUGCGAUUAACAGCAAGUUAUGAGAAAAGACGCGAUGAUCUUCAAAAGCAACACGAUUCAGUUCGAACGACUUUGAAUGAUCAAAAAGAGAAAAUUAAAUCUAUGCUUGAAAAAGACGUCAAUAAUCAAGUUUGCAUAUCGUCGGAAUCGUCAAUGAACUUCUUCAAUGCUCUCAUUCCACCAACUUCAAUCAGUAGCAUAAGUUUAUCAACAGAUGCUUCGAGCGGCAACCUUAACGACGUUCAAGCGAGUACAAAUUGCUUUAAAACUUAACUUAAUUAAAAAUAAUGAUGAUGGGGAAAAAGAAGAAUAAGAAAAAUACUUAAAAGUCUAUUUAAUGAAAAAAGAAAUGAUUUUUGAUUUCUUUUAUGGACAAUUCUUUGUUUCGGAAAAUGUUUUUUGUAUCGCAAAAACCAAUUGCAUAAAAUGCGAUACAACAAAUUUCCUAAAUGGCCUAAGAUGAAAAAAUGAAAUGAAAAUUCCUUUAAAUAAGAAACAAAAGAAAAAAAGAAAAUUGUGCAAGGAAAGAAAAACUCAUAAGACAUUAAAAGAAAAAAGGUUGUUGUUGUUGUUUGAAACUUUUACUCUUAUUGAAAAAGAAAAUUGUUGGAAAUGAAAAUCUUUUUUAGUAUUGGGAGUUGUACGUAAAUGACGCGAAAUUUUCCAGCAUGACUUAAUUAAAAUUUGAAAUAAAAUUUAAUGAAAGCAAUUAAAAUAUUUCGGUAAUUAAAUUUUCAUUUUUCUCGUCAUCGUGAAAGCUUUUUAAAUGUAAAACAUUUGCAUAAUUUAUGAUCGUCUCCCAAUACUUUUCGCUUCUAACAUUGAAUUAACAAAUUUUAAUGGAAUUGAUAUUCGAUAAAAAAAUUGGUAAAAGAAGGAAAAGUCUUUGUUCACUUUCAAGAAGCGAGGAAAGUGUUUCUACGAAAGGGGAAAAGUCGCUCGCGUAAACCUGUUGUUGGAGGGUUCGUUCAGUUCAUUUAUUUCAAUGAAAAAAAGAGACGAGAAAGUCGAUGAAUGAGGAAGCUUUUAAUGAAAUUCUAAGUUAUAUCAAAGCACACUUAAUUAGAAUUGAUUACAAAUUUGCCACACCGUAUCAAACGACAAUAAAAGAUUGAUUUUUAUGACGUAGGUUCACUUAACAGAGACAUUGGCGUACCAUAGAGAAGCGAACCUUUUUUUCAUUCAUUAAUGAAAUUAUUUUCCAUUGACGCAUGUAAUUUAUUUAAUAAAAAAACAUCCCUCUUAACUUUCAUAUCACAAAGAAAAGCAGCAUGAAAGCUUCUUAUUUAUUUUAUUGACUACUUUUCUAGUAUUUUGAUGCUUUAAUCGAAAAGCUCAUUUACAAAAAGAAAUUUGUUUAUGGAACAGCAAAAGAGAAAAAAAAUAUUUUUAUCUUUAGACAUAAUUCAGAUCUCUAAAAGAAGGUUCAAGGCAAAUGAAAAUUUAAAUUCCACUUGAAUGUUGUUUAUGUUUUAAUAAAUUAUUUAUGUUUCUUCAUUGUAAUUCCUUUCAAUGUUUUUUAACAAGCGCACGCGAAGAUAUUUCUCAGAAGUUGAUUUUUAAAUAAGAAAGAUAGAGAGAGAGAGAAGGGAAGAGUUUAUGUCGCUUCCUCCAAUGAUUUAUGAAGAUGUAACUGUAAAAUGAACCCCUGUUUAUGCUUAUAUACAUAUAUAUAUAUGUAACUUAAAAACAACAUGAAGAAAAAUUUGGAUAAAGAAGAGCUUAGAGAAAGGAAAGAUCUUCACUGAUGAGUGAAAUGUUUACAAAAGAAUUCAUUCUUCAGUUUUUCUGCUUUCAAAUGAAAAUAAUACAUAAAAUAUUCAUAUUCACAUGCUCGAGUGCUUAGCAUUAGUGUGAAUGAAUUUAAACAUUUAAUUCUUGUGGUGCAAAAAAAACUUUCAUUGUUUGUAAAAGAAGAAAAAAAGAAAGGAAGGACUUCCCAGAAUGGAGUGGAAUGUAAUUGUAAUUCAGACAUUAAAUUGUGAAACCUAGAGACGACAAAUUUUAAUUACAACAUUCGAAUGACAAGAACCUUUUACAAUAUCAUUUUCGUUCCAUUAAAAUUGAAAUGCGCACUCAACUGUAGAGUUUAAUUAUUCCAAUUUAUUUCCUUAUCUAAGUGUUUUCUGUGUGUGUGAGUGUGUUUUAAGAAUAAGUUUUAUCAGCUGGAUCUGAUGAGAAACUCGACGUUUUCCCAUGAAAGCCAUCUCUACUUUAAGCAACAAUAUCAUUUGGUAAAUGAUGUGAGAAGUGGGAAAAAGCUUAAAAGAUAUAUUUAAUGCGUCGUCUGGAGUUUCCUUUUGUGACUUAAAUUUUUAUUGAAACCAUUGAAUGGUCUUCUGUUUGGAUUAACUUGAAAUGAAGGAAUUAACACAAUGGAAAAAGCAUUAAAUAUUGUAGCAGUAUGGAGAGCUAUUUCACACUAAAUGUAUGAUAAAAUGAUAAAAAGCUCUCAAUAUUGUGAUGCAAGGAAUCGUUCAUAAGUUAAGUAUUCAUCACUACUUAAAUUUGAAUCUCAUCAAAUGUAAAUUAAAAAAUAUAAAAAAUGUUCGAAUCUCUUGCAAAUCUUCCUCAACAUACUUGACUGAUGAAUGAAUCCUUGCAUCAAAAAAAAACUUAAUAAAAAUUUGUAAAGGAAAUGAAAUUUUGAAAUGCAACGCACUUUUCGAAUUGAUGUUGUAGAUGAAAUAAAAAUAGAAAUUUAAGAUAAGUUCAAGAACUCCAAACUUUGAAUUGAUGUAAAUUUUUUGAUGAAAGUUUCCAACUUUCUGCAUGAACUUUAAUAAAAUUUAAAUACAUUUAAAUGAGGAAGAAAAUCAAAAGUUAAAUAAAUUGUUUCACUUAAUAAAAGAAAAGAAAAACUUUGAAGAAAACAUAUUUCCUUAAACAUGUUGACAAUCAUUAAUUAAUGAAAAAAGAAAGAAAAGAAAUGUUCAUGAAUUAAAUUCUUAAAUACUUAGCAAGUAAGAUUGACAAAAACUUUUUGUUUGUUUUUCUUUUCUCUCGAAAUGAAAUAUCACAGAAAAUUCAUCGUUAAAGAUAGAAAACUUAAAUUAAUGGAAAAAAAAUUUGUAAAUAUGAAAAAUUGUUGAAUCAAUGACCACGGUCGGAAAUUAACAUUAUUGAAUGGUAAAGUUCAGAGGUUACAUGAAAAGAAAUAAAAUAUUACUGACAAAUAUAAUCUGAAAAGCGACUCUAACACUAGUUUCUCAUCCACAUGGAGAAAAUCCAUUAAUCAAAGAGAAUGAACUCAUUUGCACCCACUCACAGUCUAUGUACUCAAUAAACAUAAAUAGAAAGUCAUGAAAAAAUAUUGGAACAUGCCUUAAAAACAAUACAAACAUAAAUUUUCAGUUGCUCGCUUAUACGGUAAACUAUCCGAGUUUCAUUCGAAAAUAUGGAAAAGCAAAACAACAAAUUAUAAAUUAGCCAACUUCUCGAUGUUGCAAAAUAUUUAUUGUUUUAAAUUUCGUGUCCGAAAUGUCAACGUGAGUUAUUAUUUGCUCUUGCCUUGGAUGUCGUUUUAGUUUUUUUGGCUAUUUAUUCAAAGCUUUCAAAUGAAAAUAUAAAAAAAAGAGAAGCUUUUUACCGCAAGUUGAUGUUGUUUCUUUUUUAUGUUCAACUUGAUUUUUUGGUUGCUACUUUCAUAUCUUUAUUCGCUCUUUUUCGGACGAGAACCACCACCAGAGUAUAAAAGAAAACAAACAUUAAAUCAUCAUUCUAUAAAUCAUAAGAAACAAUAUCGUUUAAUGAAGAUGUCUUACGAUAGACGAUAGAAAGCUUUAAAAGCUUUAUGUGAGACAUUUCUUCCUUUCGUAAAUAGGUUUUGAAGACCCCAAUGAAAAAUAUUUCAUAAACUUAAAUUUAUAAUUAAAAAAGAAAAUUAAUUGAAAUAUGUAAAUAAAGGUAGAAAAGAUGUUCAAAAGAAACAUUAAUUCAAGGUGGUUGAUAGGGCGUGGUGAAUAAUAAAAUUAGCUUAAGAAAAAUGAAAUGGAAAUGAUGAUAAGAAAAUUCUAAUAGUUCUUCAAAUGAAACAUUGGAUCCUUCUCCUUCUAAUUCCUGUUCUUUUAGAUUACGUGCCUUUUCUCAGAAAGAAAACAAAAUGAAAAUUUAUUAAAAUUUAAACAUAAAAAGAAUGAAGAACAAUUUGGAAGAAUCAUAACUCGUGAUUCCUUUUUAUGUUCGUCACUUCCUUUAGGCGAUGUUAAGAAAUUUAAUAAAUAUCUAUUGCCUCGAGUUUUUCCGUUUUAUUUUUAACUUAAAUAAAUAAAUAAACAUUUCUUCCUUCAUUCCACUCCAUGAAUUAAAACGCUUGAAAUCAAAGCUUCAUUGCUUUGCUUAAAUACUUAAAGCUUAUGUAUGUAUCUCCUUGAAAAAAACUUAAAGUUAAAAGAAAAAUUUACAUCUGUGAAUGAUUUUAUUUAUCAGCAUGUGGAAUCGAUCUGAUCUUGAUAAAAAUAGCGCAGCUGAGUGCUUCUGUAUAUUACUCAUGGAUUAAAAAAACUUUUAAUGAAUAUAUAAUAAAACUUUCCAUUAACUUUUUGGUCUCUUUGGGACGAGACAGAAUGUAAUAAAUGAACCUAAUGUAAACCACGAUGAUAUAAAUAUAAAAAAAAUGAAAAGGAAUUCUAAUCAAGAUUGAAUAUACAAAAAUAAAAUACAUGAAAAACUUUGAAACAUUUAGACAUAAAAAGAAUUGUUGUGAUUAAAAACAUUGAAACAGAAGAAAAAGUGAAUAAAAAUGAUGAAAAAAAAGAAAGAAAAUUUAUGCGUCAUUGAGAUGAAAGAGUUUUGUUUGGGGAUCAAUAGAUAAUGUUUAUGUUGGUGAAGCUGAAGUGAGUUUAAAAAGCUUUGUUUUCACAACACAUUGCAGACUUUAACAUCUUUACAAAAACCCUGUUCGUGUGAAAAGCUUUCAGGUCAACUAAAAACUUGCAAAUCUCAACAACAUUGCUUAUCUAGAUAAUAUUUUCCUA